UGCUAACAAUGGUUAUAUUCACAUACCAGCUUGUUUACAAGCACUAGUGCUUAACCACUGACCAAUUAAGCCAUCUAUCUCAAGUCUUUUAGCUUCUAUAUAUGAGCAAGAUGCCAAGACACACUCACACACACUCAUAGUGAGGUAGCUAGCACAUCUAGCAUAGGCAGGUAGCUAAUCUGCCGCCAAAAAUCUCGAGAAAUUAACCUGUCACAAUUCGGUCGGCAUCGAUCGAUCCAUAUUCCACAUCCAUGGAGAGACCCAAGAAGCCAGCGCUGAGGCGGCCGGAGACGAAGACGACGACGGUGGCGGCGAUGGACGUCAGGAGGAUGUCGUCCUCGCUCAACAUGUCAUCGUCUUCUCUCCGGAGCAGCGGCGGCGCCGACGUCGACCGGAGGACGACGACGGCCACGGUGAGGUUCGCUCCGACUCCCACCACGCUGUCCUCCUCCUCCUCCUCGUCGGCGACGAGGAGAGCUGGUUCUUCGCGUGCGGUGUCGUCGUCCUCGUCGUCGCAGCAGGCGAGGCCGGCGACCGCACGGCCGGCCUCCGUUGCUGGGACGAGGGGGAUGAGGAGCCUGCAUGGAGGAUCGCCGGCGACGUUGGGGCCGAAGGGGCUGAGGCGGAGCUGGGGUUGGGGAACAGGUGGCAGCGGCGGCGGAGGCGGCGAUGGGGAGGAGAAGGAGGGCGGUGAUCAUCGCCGGCGGGGUGAUGCCGUCGCCGUGGCCGGCGAGGUGAAGGCUCCAGUUCGGAGUAGCUCGGUUCCAAGAAGAAUCCCAGCAGAUCAGGAUAAACAGCAUCCAAAGAGGGAGACCAAAACCAAGAUCACAUCCAAUUCCAAGACAAAGGCAGUCUCAGGUUCACCUCCAAAAGCAGGAGAAGAUGUUUCCAUGGACAGAAGAAUCCCCAACACUGCUGCAAGCAAGACCACUGAAAAGGCUCCCAGAAAUGUAUCACUGAACAAUAUGGUCAGACAAUCUCCUCCGAGGAAGACGACGCCGGCGACGAUCGGCGCCUCCUGGGAGUCGCUUCCAUCAGAUCUCCAGAGCAUCGGGCUGGAAGUCAUGAGUUACCGGGAUGCUGCAGAGGUUGCUGCCGUUGAGGCCUUGCAAGAAGCUUCUUCUGCUGAGAUUUUGCUCCGGUGUUUGAGUGCAUUCGCCGACCUCGCCGCCGUCGCGGCGGAGAUGUCGCCGCAGCAGACCGUCGACGAGUUCCUCGCCCUGGAAGCCACGCUGGCCCGCUCCGCCGCCGCCGGCCACGCCGAGGACUGGCUCCGCGCGGCGGUCAGCUCCGACCUCGGCCGCUUCUCCCUCUACUCUGCAGUCUCCCCGACGUCGCAGCCGGAGGAGGAGGCGGGGAGGAGGAGGACGACGUGGCUGGGGGCGGCGGCGAGGGAGGUCGGGGAGGAGACGCGCGGGUGGUUCGUCGGGCACGUGGAGCGGCUGAUCGACGGCGACGCCGCCGGGACGCUGGGGCAGCUGAAGCGGGUGAACGACUGGCUGGACGGGGCGCCGGCGCCGCCGUCGGAGGCGGCGGAGCGGCUGAGGAAGAAGAUCUUCGGGUACCUGCUGGACCACGUCGAGUCGGCGGUGCUCGCGCUCAACGGCGGCGCCGCCGCCGGCGCUCAUGGCCGGAGAAAAUAGGUGCUCAGCGGCGUCGAGUCGGCGGUGGUCGCCGGAGUUAGUGUCGCCGCCGGUAAUAGCCGGAUCAUCAGUACUAUAAUUCCGAGAAGUUUGUUACUACUAUUAUCGAUGGAAGAAGAAUGGCGUUAUCCAUUUUAUAUUUGUGGUUUGUACUGCAAAUAUUACCUUUAUUUAUAAGUGUAGGACACUGUUAAUUUUAGAUAGUAUAAAGUUUCACCAUUAAUCAUC